AUGAUGAAUACUUUAUCAAAUUUGAGAGGGAAUUCCGAUCAAACAGUCUCAACUCCCGUGGAUUCGCCACGUAGUCAAUCCGGUCUGCUACUUGCGUCUUCCGGCCAGGUCCAAUUACUAGACUGGGAUUUGCAGUGGCCAUUCUAUGGCGAAGGCCUGCCAGAUGUCAAUUUAGGGUGGACAUUGGACUUCCUAUCCAACGACGCAUCUACACAUAGCCCGUUGGACUUCAUGCAUGAACAUGAGGAAUUGAACGCUUCAAUCCAGCUGGAUGACUCAACUCUUAACCAAGGUGGAAGCGAGGAUCCACGUGUCAUUGGGCUGGCUGGUGCACGAGAGAAAGAAGCUCGAGAAUGGCAAGCUCGAACACAGCCUCGGGAAAUUUCGGGAUCAGCUGCGUACGUUGACGCUGAUGAACGAAAAAAUGCGUUCGUCACAAAUCCACCAUCUUUGAACCCGAAUAUUUCUCUUUCAAGUGAAACUCAUAUGUCGAUGAUGGAUACCGUUACCGCACCUCUCAUCGACAACUUCUGCAGUGACAAGGGGAAGUGCGCUCAAUCGUUUCCCCCAUUACCCAUCAUCUCAUACUUUCUCCAGCUCUUUUUUGUGCAUGUCCAGCCUCGAUUCCCGGUACUACAUAUCCCUACAUUCAACCCGAAUAACUCUUCGCCAAACCUCUUGCUAGCUAUGGCAAUUGUGGGAUCCAGUUACUCGGAAUCAAAUCAAAACAAAUUCGCCCUGACAUAUCUUGCAAGAACAAGAACUUCAAUCAAGUUGAUGCAGGAGAGGGAUCAGAGCUAUGUGCGAUGA